GUUGAGCGCGUCGACGUUACUUUGUUACGCCCAUUUGUUGUUUUGAUUUGACAUCUUUGGUUAUGGAGGGCGUGUAGAAUGUAGUGUUUGUUUGCGAUUAAAUGAUUGGGUUUAAACGUUUACAAGUCGGCUUUGAAGGUUGUAGGACACAUUAUAUGGUUUCCUGCUACUCAAAGCAGGAUACUGUUUUCCUAUGGAUAUUUUAAAAAUUUCAACAUUAGUGGUGUAUGCUGUAGCUGGAGCUAUAAGGUUUUGGUUUUUAAAUUCAGAUUAUAGGCAAAUAAUUGCAGACCGUGUUGAGAUAUCAACGCCUCUGAACUCGUGGAAGAAAGUUACAGAGGGUGUUUUCCUGUACAAUGAAGGCACAGACCCAUAUUCUGGUGACGUGUUCCAUGACACGCCAGUUGGAUUGUUGAUAUACAGCUGGGUAUUUAGCUUUGCGUCAUCAUGGUUGAACAUAAUUUUUGUUGCAUGUGACCUCUUGACAGCAUAUUUCUUGAAUAAAGCAGCACAUGUUUUCAUGUUGGAGUUGGAAUUAAAACAAAAUGAAAAAAAAGACACAUAUGCAGCAGGCACAAAGAAUCUUCUUCUUAAGGCGUAUGACUUCCACAUGGUGCCUUUUUACGUUCUUUCAGCGUACCUGUUUAACCCAUAUAUUAUUUUAAACUGUGUAGGUCGAACAACUACAGUGUUUUCAAAUUUAUUGUUGGCAUAUGCUUUAGCAUCAAUGUGCACUGGAAAGCGGGUGGCAUCCUGUUGUUCGGUUGCAUUACUCACUCUUCAGUCAUUGUAUCCAGCAAUACUUGUGAUGCCAGCAGCACUUUAUAUUUAUAAAAAUGAAGCAAAGACAACUGUACAAAAUAAACGUUACACAUGGAAACAGUCUUUCAUAUACACAUUUGUUGUGUUUUCAUUGGCUGUUGGAAGUUUGCUUUUCUUGUCAUACAAGAUUACUGGAAGUUUAUUAUUUCUUAAUUCAGUAUAUGGUUUCAUACUAACUGUUCCUGAUCUUAAACCAAAUAUUGGAUUAUUUUGGUAUUUCUUCACUGAAAUGUUUGAACACUUCCGGCCACUGUUCAUAGCUGCUUUCCAAAUUAAUGCAACUGUUUUGUACAUGCUGCCACUCACAUUAAGGCUUCGUGAAGAACCCAUGUUACUAGCUACAAGCUUUUGCGCUCUUAUUAGUGUAUUUAAGUCAUACCCCUGUCUUGGGGAUGUAGGAUUUUAUCUGGCACUUCUGCCCAUGUGGAAGCAUCUAUACAAUCAUAUGCAACAAGGUUUCAUUGUUGCAUGCUUCUUCAUAACUACUUCAGUGCUAGGCCCAGUGCUUUGGCACCUCUGGAUAUAUUCUCGGUCAGCAAAUGCAAAUUUUUAUUUUGGUGUCACACUUGCAUUUGGUACUGCACAGGUGAGGACUACUCAGGAUGAUGAUAUGACCAGAAAACAAAACUGCUGUUCAGGAGGUGAGAAUGUUAGAUGCACAUAAAUGGGCAAGUAGUCAGAGAAUUUAAAAAGUGAAAUGGAUUAUUUGAAGUUAGACAUACUGGGAAUUAAUGAAAUGUGGUAGCAGGAAGAGAAGGACUGCUGGUAGAGUGGGACCAGCAUUAUAAGUACAAAAUUGAAUAGUGUAAUGCAGGAGUAGGUCUACUAAUGAAUAAGCAAAUGUGAAUGCAGACAAAAUGUUAUGAGCAGCAUAGCUGAAUGCAGUAUCGUGGCUAUGAUGAACUCUAAGCCAACACCCACCACAUUAGUGCAAGUUCAUAUAUGCUUACAGCUCUGCAAACAAUGAAGGCACUGAAAGAUGAGAUAAAAGGAAUCAUGCUGGUUGUUAGGGGAGACAAAAAUCCAAUUGUAAUAGGGGACUCGAUGAAAAGGAAAGCAAAAUAAAAUAGGGAAAGACGUAACAGAUAGAAGAGAAUGUAAUCAGGGGAGCCACCUAGUAGAAUUUUGCUCAGACCACAAUGUAAUUACAAAAAAUUGCAGUGUCUGUUUUGUGAAAAAGUACAGUGCCAUGUCCGUAGGAAAAGGCAUUGUGGAGAUUACAGUUACUAUGAAAGACAUGAAAUGUAUUCACAAUUGUGAAUAUGAAUUACCCCAGCUGCUUAAUGGAGUGAGAAAAUGAAAAUUUGAGCCGGACCCAGACUUGAACCUGGAUUUCUUGCUUUAUGUGAGUGCUCACCUUAACCACUUCAGCUGUCCAAACAUGACUCACAGCCAGAGCCAAACUUCCGUAUGUCGUCAUCCAUGUGUUGUGCUCAUAUAUCCUACUAAUGUUUUUCUCAUACAGCCGAAACACUUUCUUGUAAGUCACAACCCAGGUAUUUGCCGAUAAAUACAAAAUUUCAGAGCCUGUAUUCUGAAGACUUACAAUGCAGUGUUCUUUUGGACAUGCAUAGUACUCCAUGGUCUUCUACUCUUAAUUUUAGCUAAUGUAAGUGUCAAUCUCCCAACAAAUAGUGGGACCUGGUCCUGUUCUGACCUCAAUCAUUUUGCAUUGAUUGUAAAAAAAAAUAAAAAAAUUAAAGUAAUGAGCCCAAAUUCGGGAAAAAGUAUUAAGAUAUCACUAUACAUAAUCAGAAUAGGAUUCUGGGGCUUUGUUGCAGCCCUGCCAACAAGUUUGCUGCACUUAGAAGUCCCUUUUAGAAACACCUUUCAAGCAGCACAUUGGAGCCAUUCUGACACAUCCUCGUGUCCUUUCAGGACUUGCUUCAUUUCAGAAAACAGGAAGAAAUCCACCUGGGUUACAACAGGACUGUAGGUGGUCUGAGAAAGUGUUGUGAUGCCGUUCCACACCAGGCAGUAGUUGAUGACAAAGCAGAUGUGGCUUCGUGCAUUAUCAUGAUACAGUGUCUAGUUGGCAGCGAUACCUGACCUCACACACGUGACUUUUCCCCUUCAAUCUUUUCAGCAUUUUCAAUAUCAUAAAAAUUCAUGGUAGGCCACACCUUUUGCUCCAAAGAAGACAGCGAGCGUAGCUUUGAAUUUGGCUGCUUUUUUUGGCAAGAGGAAGUUGGUAUAUGUCAUUCAGCACCUCUUUUUAAUACAAAGCUCAGGACGAAAAGCGAUUUUUGUCGGUAUUCGAAAAACUUGUGGCUUGUUUCAAAGUAUUGGUUGUCUGCCAAAACUAUUGGGACUAACUUUUCAUGUAUGUUUCUCAUCCGGAAAUCCUCGUUAAAAAUUAUGUUCACAGUCAUUUUAUCAGUUCCAACAUGGUCCACCAAGGUCAAACAUUUUUCCACAGGUCCGAGUUCAACACACCAUGGUCUGCUGUACUCUCGACCAUCUUUGAAGCACUAUGGCCAUCUCAAAAUGGCAGCUUACGAUAAGCUUUCUUGCUGGAUCUUAGCCAGCAUGCCCAUAGUACUUUAUGAGUUUUAUACAAAUUUUGACAGAAUGUUGCAUUUUUGAGUUUUGACUGAGCCUACAAACAGGGUUACAAAAGGUGGUGAUACACAUUGCAUGAAAACACAUAAACAAAUGACACUAGUUGUGUUUCGAAAGUGAAUUCCCCCUCCACUGAAAUUGCCUGGAGCAAGCACCCUGGGAUGUACAGUGUCAGAAAAUAAGACAAAUCAAUAUCUUUCCUACAAAUACUGUGUAAGCACAUUUUUCUCUCAUGCUGUUUCUCAGACCAUUCUUAUGGUGUCUAAACAAUACAAUCUCAUCUGCACAGGCUAACCGUUUAUGAUUACUUAUCAGUACCAUGCCAACCUCCUGUAGUCUGUCUGCCCAUGUGAUGAUUUUAGAAUUAAAUUAAUUGUGUGUGUGGAUAGUGCAUAACAAACCAGAUUUCACUUCAAAACUUGGAUACCUAUUCACCAUGUAGCUCUGCCACAGCUGAGACUGUCACAGUGAGGUGAUUGUGAAAGGAUGACAGAAUUAUGUUUGAGAGAGUAGAUACAAGACUAUCUUUCAACAUAAGUAGACCUGAAUUUAUAACAAAGUUAAGAUUAGAAGUUCAGCUUUGUGAUUUCUGUCCUGUUUUCUCCAUUACAAGUUGACGUUUUAACCCAAUACAAAUCAAAGAAAGUGUUUGAUAGUCCAAAAUGUAGACAGAAAUAUCAACUUCUGCUUGCGUCAAGGCAGACUGAUUUGCACUCGAAGGUCAUGACAGCAUGCAAGCUUAUGUUAAUGCUUAGGCAAUUUAAGUUUGGGCCCAUAGUUGCAGAAAUGUAAAGAUUCUUGAAGCACAUUAGUACCCUAUAUGAACUAAUGACAUAUUUUAUUUUAUUGUGACAGAGUAUUGCCAUGGAAAUUUGGCUCAAGUGGCUGCUGCAUCAAAUUGGAAUGUAUGGUGUUCUAUCAUUGUUGGAGCUCAUGUUAAUUGCCUUUUUAGGAUUCUGUACCACAGUUCGUAAAAACAGAACCCUUGUAAGAUCACUUUGUUGUUCGUCCAUCUGUCUGUUAAGACCCAUUUUUCUUAGUAAUGACUAGAGGUAUCAAGUUAAAAUUUUUGCCACACACUGUUUGUGGUCCCUUGGUGGUAUGAAAAAUUAAGGCUUUUAAUCAGUGUAAUGAAAAUAUACAACCAUUUAUGUCUCAUUUUGAUAUAAGCAAACAUGAUUCAUCAAAUCCUAUAGAUGAAGAAUCUACAUACAUGUCACACAUGGUAGUCUAGCAGUAAAGCAUAUGCUUGGAGACCAAAAGAUUGCGCGGACGAAUCUCGCUUGGAUAAUGGAGUGUUCAGUCUUGCUUUUAACCUAGCCUGAACCCAUCAACAGUGUGAGGAGUUGCCAGAAACAACUUGUGGUUUGGAUUCCACAUUAAACAAGGGUAGUAGGAAGACUUGCAUCAGGCCAUUGAGCCAUAUUAAACUAUUUUUAUCAUCAUUAUCACGUCAUCAUCAUAAAGUAUAAUGGAACCCUCAGAGCACAAGUUUUACUUGCUUCUCACCUGUUAUUGUGGAAGUCUCAGUAAUUGUAAUCAUUAUAGUCUGGAUUCAUUGUGGCAGUUGAUAUUUAGCUAGAUUAGUUUCAUAACAUUAUUGUACAAUGAUCACUCCAAAAGAAAUGCACACUAUUUUUGUAAAAAUAGUUUCCAUUCUGCAAGUGUAAAAGUUUUACAGUGUGUAGAUACAUACUUCCCGCUUGUUUCCAAACUUAGUUCAACCUGUUCCCGUGAGUGGCACCGUCACAGCAUGUCUUCAAGGUGGCAGCUACACUUUACGUUCGUCAGAAGUAACAUGCUGUCACAUAAUUCCUGUGCUGUGAAAACGAGACAGUGGGAAACAUCCACAAGAGGUUGAAAAAGGUGUAUGGAGAUGCUGCUGCCGAUCACAGUACAGUUACGUCGGUGGGCAAGCAGUUUACGUGAUGAAAGCAGGCACGGCAGUAUUGAGGAUUGUCCUCGCAGCAGCAGGCCUCGUACUGCACACACUCCAGACUAUGUGCAGAGAGUUAACGAAUUGGUGACUGCUGACAGACGCAUCACUUUGAACGGAUUGUCACGCUACGUUGGGAUAGGGGAAGGAAGUGUGUAGAAUACUGAAAGUGUUGGGUGUUAAAAAAGAUUUGUGCCAGGUGGAUUGCCAGAUUGUUGACAGUGGCUUACAAAGAAACAAGAAAAACGGUAUGCAGCGAACUUUUGGAACAGUACGAAAAUGGUGGAGAUGAAUUUCUUGGAAGAAAGAGAUGAAGAGGCAAUCAGUGGAGUGGCAUCAUGCAAAUUCACCCAAGGAAAAAAAUUCAAAACCACACCUUAUGCCGAAAAAGUUAUGGCUACGGUGUUUUUCAAUUCCGAAGGACUCUUGCUUAUGGACAUCAUGCCAAGUGGAACCACCAUAAAUCCUGAUGCAUAUGUGACGACACUGUAGAAACUUCAAGCUCGACUGAGUCGUGUUCGACCACAUCGGCAAGGAUGUUUUGCUGUUGCGCAACAAUGCACGGCCACUUGUCAGUCAAAAAACCAUGGAAGCGAUCACAAAACUCAGGUGGACAACACUGAAACACCUGCCUUACAUUCCUGACCUGCCUCCAUGUGACUAUCAUCUCUUUGGGAAACUGAAAGACUCUCUUCGUGGAACAACGUUUGAAGAUAAUGACUCCCUUGUGCACGCUGCCAAACAGUGGCUCCAACAGGUUGGUCCAGAAUUUUACGGUACGGGUAUACAGGUGCUGGUUCCAAGAUGGCCUAAGGAAGUUGAGAGAGAUGGGAAUUAUGUGGAGAAAUGAAAAUAUUGUUCCUAAAGGAUGUAUCUACACACUGUAAAACUUUCAAACAUGUAGAAUAAAAGAUGGAUUACAAAAAAACAGUGUGCAUUUCUUUUGGAGUGAUCCUCGUAUGUCCCUUUGUAAACUGUUGUGAGGCAUGCAGUUAGAUAGUAAAAAGAUUUUUUUUUAAGAAGCUUGUCAAAGUAGAUUAUUUUGGCAUAAUUAAUUGACAGUUUUUAUAUCAAUAGUAUCCAUAGCAUAAAUUAAAUGUCUGUUACUGGCCAUCAAAAUAGAUAAUUACAAUUUGUUUGAAUAUCUAGCUAUCAGGUUUGUAGAAAGUACCAUUAACAAAAUCAAAAAGGUGAGUAUUCAGCCCCAGUUUUAAUUUGUAUGUUGGCCCAUCUGCUUCAGACAUCCCUGUUUUUAGUGAGUGGGACGAGAAUUCAUGUGUCAAAAAUUGUUUCUUUAUUCUUGACUUCAAGUCAAAACAAACUGCUUUUGGUUCAGAAACUGGUAAUCAAAGUAAGAAGGCUAAGUAAUUGGUGCAAUCAUAAAAUGCUCCAUAAGCGUUAAUGAAAUAUUCAUGCAACCAGAUUUAGAAAUAUUGAGAAAAAAUAACACGUUUUGUAUUCUGAAACUAAAGUUACGGGAAAAGUGCUGCUGAUUCAGGUUCAUAUCUCUGCCUUCUUUAUUAGGUCAAUUAUCCUAAUGAAUGUAAUGCUUUUUUAUGUAUAAUCAAAAUGUAGAUUACGUAUGUUUAAAUGAUAAAUUGUAUAUAUACAUAUAUAGUUUCUUAUUCAGCUGAAGAAGUGUGUUAUUUUCUUAAAUAAUGUUUUGGUUUAAUCACAAAUGUCAACUUUUGGUAAUUGCUUUUCACUUGUACUUGGCAUUAGUACCUACAAAAUGACUUAGCAGACCAAGAGGACAAGAUUUGAAGUGUGUAACUGAAAUACAUAUUUUAAUUCCUGAAACUCACUAAUGUUAAAAAUGUUGUCACCAGACUUACAGCAACUCUGCAUUUAGAUUAGAAAUAUAUUGUGAUUCACAGGUUUGAAAUGGCCUUUUAAUCUGUUAUUCUGUUGGAAUCAACCAUUGCUCACUCUUGUGAACCGGCUAUGCUUUCCCUCUCUCCAUUCAGUUUUCUUUAUUUACGACAAUACACUGCUGUUAUCAUUUACAGUAUUGUAUAAACUUGAGAACAGUUGUGUGAAAGUCUGAACAUGAGUGUCCACUUUUGAUAAUAAAAGUGAAACAACAAAUGUUUUUUCUUGUAACCCUUCUGGAGCAUUAAGUGUAUAGCUACAAAUCAACAAUCUGUGUCAACUAGUUUCCACUGUUGUGAAUGAGAUGAUACAUCAUUUGAAAUUUGUAGAAAGUGAGGGGAAAGAGAUGGAGAGCAGUAAAUGAGACCAACAAAUAAGCUGAUAUAUCUCUCAGGUUUCCUUGGUGCUUCUGGGUGUUCUGUAGAGUUACCUUUCCGAUUUUAUGCAUGAUGUUUCCACCGGAGUUGGAAAACACUGAGAGAAUGUGUGUUUCCCACACUAUCAGUGUGAGCUCUGAAAAACAAGAGCAUCAAAAGGCAUAGUGGGUGUCAGCAAUUGAACUCUGCUAUAAAUAGUGGUGUGACAACAAUAGUUCAGUCUGGUUGGAGCUCAGGCAAAGAGUACACACAGCAGCAAAAUUCGUACCUCCAGAAGAAGACUAAUAGGCCAGUCAUCAAAAUAUUCUGCAUAAAAUGGAAGAAACAACAUGGCAGGACACUCGAACACACAUUAUUAAACAAAUAAAUUUUCCAAAGAACAGAUGUUGUCAUGGACAGUUCUGAGUACAGUUUCCAUAAAAUUCUUCUGUUUUGUAGUCAGUGUCAUAUUGUGAAAUGACGAAGCAAAUAUUUAGCCACUUGAAAGCCUGACUGAAACAGUGAUUCGUUUUACAAUAUGACGUGGUCUGCAACAUGAAAAGUUUACGUUUACAUAACACUAAAUAACUGUUAAUCACUCAAUCCAUCAGUAAAAUAGGUUAUGUUCACUUGCCAUGGUAGAUGUCUUGGGGAUUUAAAAGGAAUUGGUUUUUAUGUGCCAGUUACCUCUGACACACAAGUGAUUCAACUUAUGAUUUAUCAUAACCUUUGGAAUGUUGAAACUGUGUGAAAUUGAUGUUUUCAUUAAUGACCUGUACCUAUAAAUUUCAUUUAAUGCCUGUGGCUUUACUCCCAGAUGAAACUGACAUUGUCUGUUGGACAAUAGCAGAUAGUUGUGGCCAUUUCGUCUUGACAGUUUUAUCAGAUUAGGCAUAGAAUGUAAUUUCUUCAGCAAUGGAACCCACAUUAGUCACUACAAUUUUCUCUGGAAAACGGGCUCCAUUGAUGUAGUCUCACAUUGUGUUUUUCAUUAACAUGACUUCAUUGAGCAGAAUGAUACUAUGCAUUAAAACUUAGCCAAAUUGUUUCCAUAUUGAAAUCAUAUGUUCUGUCUUCUUUAUUUGGGCAAUACAGGUCAGAAAAAUAGGUUCUCAGGGACUCAGAACAAUUAGUAAUAUUAAACAAAAUGAAGACCAAUAUCUUCAAACACACUCUUCUUGUGGUAUUAUACAAAUUAUGUACAGCUUAAAAAUUGCCUGCCUCCUGUUUUACAGGGUUUAUUUUUUACUGCAUUUAUCAAAGGUAGAAGUUAUGAAAUUAAAUUUAAUCAGGGAAGCUGUAAAAACUUUCAAAGUAGAGUACGUCUGUAUAAUACUAGCUAGUUUCCUUGUUAAACACCUGUUAUUCCGUUCCUGGCUUUUUGAAACCAAAGCAGUUCCUCCUGUAUACCGAGUGGUAUUCUAAUGUAUUUUAAAAGCUUUGACCAUUACAGAACUAUGUGUCAUCAAACCUACUUUUUAUUUAGUUUAUUAGCAUUGGAGUUCUGGUGAAAUAAAACGACUGAUGUACAUAACAGCACUUACAGCAAAAUGAAUGGCAUUCUAUUAAGUUUCUCUAUAAAAAAGAUGUUGCAUUUUCCUCUUCUCAUUCAUAUACUAGAUUAUUAUUAACUUUAAGAUUCAUUUCCCAUUUUUCUCUAAUUACAAUGAAAAGUUUUUCAAUUAUUUGACUUGUGAGAUCACAGGCAAGUAAGAGUUUUUAGCUGAUACUACUACAGUGGCCAUUGAAGGGAUGCAGUAUACAGCCAGACACUAUUAGUUAAUAAAUUAGUAAUAAAUUCCUACUUGUAGUUUAGUUGAAAAAUGAGAAUCCUAUCAAACCCAGAACUAUGCAAAUAUUCAUUCAUAUGUGAAUAGUUUGUUUAAAAAGGGAAACAUGCUUUUACUUAAUGAUUUUUCAAUAGUUUAAAUGAAUAGUGAACCACGCACUGGCAGAUUCUCACUGUCCUCCAGUUUUAGCACAAUAACUUAUGUUGCUCUGUUGUGGUUUUUUAUUAUAUAAAAACUGCUUUAAAGCAUGGUAAUGUUUCAUAUAGUUACCAGUAAAUAACUUUUAUUUGUGAGCUACCAUACUGUAAAACAACUGCAUACUGAGAGAAAUCAAUAAAGGACUUAAACAUGCUGCUGCUGCUGUUGUGUGCGAAACAUACGUAUUUCACUAGCAAAAAGUAGCAAAUUUUACCAAGCCUCAUUAAAUGAUGUGUGAUUGAAUGUAAAAUUUGAAAUUUUCCCGGCGAAUCAACUGUUCAAAUAGAAUAUAUAAUACAUAUGGCAUCUGUCAGACACGACAUACAAUGGGAGAGUGUGCAUGUACAGUUCUUACUAUUUCAUGUGUUUCAAAAUAAGGCAAAUGGCAACAUUCCAUAUAACAAUAGAACUAUAAAGCAAUAAAAUCUGCCAGCCUGUAUAGAAGAGUUGUAUCUCAGAUUUGAACACAUGAAAUUAUCAAGCAUUAAUUUCUCUUCAAAGUCUACCUGAAUGAAGUGGCAUGACAGUUAGGAUGUGGCACCUAACUUGCUAUGAGAGGAUGCCAUAUGAUAUUUUGUUCCAAAUCGAUGUCUAAUUAAGGUUUGGGCUCUAAUGGCGUUGCCACUAUCAGAAUAUUAAACCACAAAUUUUAUUCUGAGAUGACACUUACCAAGAAUGCCUUAAAAAUAUUUUUGUGUAUGGCUCUCCUCCUACAGACAAUGGAUUCAUCUGAAAUUAAAUAUACUUCCAUUGUUCUAGCCACAUGCAACAUUAUUGGUUCCCACCAUGUGAUAGACCAUUCCCUUAAGCAUCCUCUUUGGUUCCAUCAUUAUGCAAUUAAUAAUUGUUGCACUUUUUUCAUCCACACACUGAGUAGGAUAUUUGUCACAUCUUAUUGGUAAACUGUUCUAGAA